CCCAGACUGGCGCUGCCAUUAUCUCAGCCCAUCUGCACACCUUCCAUCUGUGCAGAAGAAGGCCAAGGGGCCAUGUCGGACGAAAACGAAAACGGGACAAAAUCCUUUCGGCACUCCUUUCACCUUCCCAACUUCUUCUCGAGGGGCACCGGAGCAAGUGGGGCGCCCUAUGAGCAGGUCCGCAGCACGGAAGGCGACGACGGCGACGACGAUGAUGACGAGGACACGGCCGAGGAUGUGGAUGGUGCUGCUGCUGCCUCUGCGGCAGCAGCGAUAGGAGCAGCGUCGUGCGAUUCGUGGCAGUCGACGAGCCCGAUGCAGCGGGUGCUCUUCAAGGCCGCCUUCUGCAUCUUUGGCGCAUCGGUUUUGCUGCCCUUCAACGCCGUCAUCACGCCUUCCGAGUACUACCGUUCCCUCGUUGGAUCCCGCUUCUCGGCAUCAGUCAUGAGCUGGAUCAUUGUCGCAUACAACAUUUCCAGCAUUGCCUUUGGCGCACAUGCGGCCGCAAGCAUGGAGAGGGCCUCGAUCUCCCGGCGGGUGCUCUUCUCGGCCUCUUUUGUCAUUGGUCUUCUCGCCGUGGCGACGGGCCUGACCAACUUCGUGCCGGCAGUCUCCCCGAGCGAGGACACCAGCAGCAGCACCGCCUUUGCCCUUUUUGUCGUCCUUUCCAGCUCCCUCGCUGGCCUCGUCUCGUAUCUGCAGAUGGCCGUCGUGACGCUUGCCAACGCCUGGGGCCCCACCUUCAUGGGGUUGAUGCUGGCUGGUCAGGGCGUCGUAGGCCUCGUGGUCAGUGCAAUCCAGCUGGGCGCCGCCCUCUCGUCCUCGACCAAGUUCCCGGUGGCCCAAGCGCAGCAGCGGACUCGAGAAGCCCGGGCCGCCUCGCAGUUCUUUGGCGCCAACACGCUGCUCAUGGCCCUUGCCCUGGCCACUUUUGCCUUUGUGUCUCGGACCCAGGUUUUUCGAGAGGUCGCAGCAAGACGGCAACGAGGAUCAAAACCUCAACACGCCGAUGAUGAAAACGCUGCCGGAAGUCCAGAGGAGGAAGAGGCGCGUUCCAUCUCAGGUCUUAAUCGUUAUCUGUCCCCGGCAACAAGGAGACAGUACGGCGAACUAAGGAGGACCCAGGCAAAAGUAAUGGUCCCGUCCCUCGCCCUUGCCUAUGUCUUUGUCGUGACGCUCGCCGUCUUUCCCUCCCUGACGUCUCGCGUACGACCAUGGUCAUUACCAUCUUUGCCGCCCUCUUCCCCUGCUUCAUCGCAGCAGCUUAUCUUUGUCGCAUGGCACUUUGUCGCCUUCAAUGCCUGCGACCUCAUCGGUCGCACUGUCCCAUCGCUCCUCCCCACCCUCUUCGCGACGCUCUCGCAGCCAUUUCUCCUAGUGCUGAGCCUCCUGCGCACGGUCCUCAUCCCACUCCUUCUCGCCUGUCACAUUCCAGACCCUCGCCCACACGCGCCCAACAUCUCCGCGAGCAGCUUCGGCGACGCCAUCUUCUUCAUCCUGGUCUGCUUGCUCGGCCUCUCAAACGGACUCGUUGCAACGUCAAUCUUUGUCACGGCGCCGCGUAGCGACGUGUUGAGAAGCCCUGCAGAGAAAGGCCGCGCAGCGGCCCUGCUCAGCUGGUGGCUCACUCUGGGUCUCGCCGUGGGUAGUCUGGCCAGCUUUGCUUUCUGAUGACGAGCGGCUUUUCUCUGCCGCCCGAUUGUGACGAGAAAUAAAAUGAUACCCGACCAGAGAAUGUGUCUUACAUCUCCGUCACUGUACAGUAUAGUAGUUGUUGCGACCACAGAGGCUCUGCGACUGCUAAGGACAGGACGCGGUGUGCUGUCGAAGAACAGAAGAGGUAAGGAUAAGUUGAAUGACGUUCCCGAUGACGAGAGCUGUCAAUGAAUGCGCGCGGUGGACCGCAUACGUAGACUUAAG